AUGAGAGCGAAUCAGACAAAGAAAAUGAUUUUAACAUACAUUAGUAUGUUUUCUAUUCUUUUAUACAGCAAAUAUGCAUAUUGCAUGUAUCCUUUUUCGGAUAGCCACAUUCAGAGCAGCAAAAGAAAAUCAAGGCCGCUUGAUAACCUGCUAGUGAAAGAUCUGCACAGAGUAAUUAGCUAUGAAGUUGAGGAAGUGGGCUCAAGAAGCCGAAGCUCCCCCACUGUAACAACUGCAAAAAAAGCAUUAGAAUACAUGCUGCGUGCAACAGACAAAUCCGAAAUAUCACGAAUACUUAACUUUCCUAAGAUUUUAUCUGUUGAGGAUUACCCAGUUUACCGCAUACGCUCGCAUGCUGAUCUAAUUAAUAAGCUAUUUCGGGUUUCUGAACUCUUUAUUGGAAGUCAGAGCAGAAAGCUGCGUAGGGACAUCGCAGCAGACGACUGUUUGAAAACAAAUAUCUGCCUGCAGUUGAUAGUCUCUAAUCUCAUUGCGAGGCAGAUAUUCACAGUUCUAAAGAUUACGCCGCUUACAGAUGAAAUGCAGAUUGAGUUCUACAUUAACCAGAAGAUCGAGCAGACAAACACUGUAAACUUAAGUGCUCUGUCUAGCACACAAGAAGCACAAAACCAAAGAGGCCAGAACUCCAAGUUUUUCACUGUGUAUGAUGAGCUGCAGGGCCUUUGCUGCGGAAGAAUCCGGCAGGCAUUCAGCAACCUAUCCAUAUGCGAACUAACGCACUAUAUUGAUAAGUAUCUGGACAUAUGCGAUGAGUACAAUGGGCAGGAGUUCUGUGACUACAUUCUGAGAAAGGAUCUAAAUAAGAAAAACCCAUUCAGCGACUCGCUUGAUAUACUGUCAUCCAGCCAGGGAUACUUGGAUGGAGGGCAGUGCCUGGGGUGCUCUAAGCGCUAUAGCCCAAAUUCAAGCGUGCGCAUGCACCCAGUCACAGGCAUGUACGAUAGAUCAAAUAGAAAUAGCAUGGACUUUGCAGGGCACAGAAGGAACAUGUUUUACACGGGAGGUAGCAAAAGCACAGAGUGUAAUCCUGAAAUGGAAGAACCUCCUACAUGUACAGCCCCACCGAUUCCAUCUAAGGCGUAUAGCUCUCGCACACUAGAAAGAUUCCGUAAAGAUAGCGAUAGAGAAUCAUCAAUCUACCUAGUGCCCGAUAGGUAUAAUCCGAACAGGCCUUUUUCAGAAUUGACAAAAAGUAAUUCAGAAAGCACGCUAGUAGGAUCUCAACAUACAUAUGAGUCAAUAGUUACACGGAGGCCUCCAUCUAGAUAUGCUCGAGAAGAAGAGUCUUCUCAGCGCAGUUUAUCUGCAAAACCAACUGACUCACAUAGCUAUUCAGGUGGCUCCGUUCAGAUACCUAUGAAAAAGCCAAAGAAGAAAAAUAGACUAAUGCGCCAGAUGUCAAAGAUGUUUUCGCUCCUGCCAUGGGGAUCGAAUGACACCAAUAACUCUAAAAGAUCUAGAUCUGCAUCAACUACACAAAGAGUAAGCGCGAAUUCUUCAUGCGCAAGCAGCCCGGAUCGUUCUAGUAGAAAUCUCAGGAAUGCUAGAAGUCCUAGUGUUGCUCCUGCACGAAGGCCUAGUCAGGAAUUCACUCCAAUUAGACAGAGCAGGCUAUCCCGCGAGAGCACAUACAGCAAUGAAACUAUAAAAGCAAGCUCAGAUUCAUCUUUAGAAGUAGAAGUAGAAGCAGGAGUAGAUUAUCCAAAAAAGUACAUGGCAGAGGUGCCCAUAAAGGCGCAGCCAUCAGCAAACAGCAGCCCAAGGCACUUAAAAAGGACAGAGACGAUGCGGCCUGCAAACCUAGAACUGUUUGCUGAACCGUCACAGGCACCUGGAUAUAACCCCAGAAUGUCACGUAUAGAAGAGCCAAACCCAAAGUCCAGACCAAACACACCACCAAACACCCCAACCAAGCACACGGAAAUUAGCCUUAGCAAACUCACAGAAGCUUUGGAAUCCAAGGAGAGAGCAGAAUCAUCUGCUUCUUGCAGCCAAAGCUAUGUGUCUGUUCCAGCUAUUGUAAUGAAAGUAGACCGCACCAGCACUUCUGCCAGUCCAAUGCAAAAAGAGCAAAGAGAAGAAACCCCUCAGUUGAAAAUCCCAAGCAGCAGUUCGGCAAGCAGAGUAAAAAUGAGAGAGCUUCCAAAGAAGUAUAAUAUAGAUGCAACUGAAAAAUCACAAGAAGGAACAGAGAUGCAAGAGAAGGAGUUUUUGCAUUUAAAGUCAUUGAUAUCAUCACAUAAAAAAGACAAAAACAACCCGCAGAAAGCACAUAAAAGAACAGAUGAAGAAAAGAAAAGCAAUGUAGACAGUUCCCUAUGCGUAGAAGGACCCUAUUUCUCACAUACUCUGAAUGGUAUAGACAAGAAGAAGAGUACUUCAGGCACAUCGGGCACACAGCAGUUAAAGAAUACAUCCACUAUGUCUAAAAACUUUGAUGAACUAGAGGUUAUUAUACAUGAUAUGGAAAAGAGCAUAGAGGAUUUAUUAAAAGCCAGACCUGGCGGAUUAUUCAAAAAGAAAGAUGAUAUUUCAGAAGAGUGUCCAAGCCUAACCUAA